AUGGAAAAAGUUGCAGUUGUUCAAUUGUUUUUAAAGGAACUACAAUUAUUUUUGGCCCUUUUAUUAGGUGAGAGAUAAGAUUAUGUUAGGUUUGCAAUAAUCUUAGGGAAUUGAUUCAAUAAUUCCAAUAAUUUUGAAUUUAAUAUGUGGGAUAGUAUUUGUUGUGAUUAAAUAUAAAGAUUAAAGUAAAGUAAAAAUAGUGUGGAAAAUGAAAUUAUUAAUAAUUUUGAUAUAAGUAUCUUGGAAUGUUGAAACAAGUCAAUAUUGUUUAAUAAUAGUAAAUUUGUUGGAUGAUGAAUUGUUAAAAGGUUUCUUUUUAGGAACAGCAUUAUUGAUAAACAUAAUGCAAGACUAAGAAAGAAAUUAUAUAACAACAGUACCUAAUAACAUUUUACUAUUUUUCAAUAUAAUAAUUUGGUUGGUGUUAAUUUUAAUGAGUUAGAUAUAAAGAAGAGAUAAAGAAGGUUAUGUUGAAUAGGAUGCAAAACAACAAUGCUAAUAAAGUAUAUAGAUAGUAUAUAUAAAAAUUGUAGUGAAAGAAUCAAUAAAUAAUAGAGAUUAAGGUAGUCGAAUGAAUUAACAAUAAUCAUUGAUACAAGAAUUGAAUCCUUUAAAAAUGGAGUGUAAUGAAGAUGAAAAGAUAUUAUCACAUGAAGCAUGGAUAUUAAAUCAAUCAGUGUUGGUUUACAAUAAUAAGCAAAAUAUUGUUUAUUAGAAUAUAUUUUUAGGAAAGUUGUUAAAGCAAUCAACUUUAGAUGAAUAAUAAACUUAGUAAUAAUCAAAGCCUGAUUAUGAAGAACAAUUUUUGAAUAGUUAGAUUGUAAUGGGAAGUAAAGAAUUGAUAGAAAUAAAUGAAAAUAACGAUUAAUCAGUGAAUAGCGAGUAUAUUAAUAAAUAUAAUUUUUAAGUGGUUCUUUUUUGUUAAAUAGAGUUAAUGAUUAUCAAAAGUUUAGACUAAAGAGAAAACUAACAAUACGAGAAUUGAAUUUGAUGAUGCAAAAAGAGUUUCAUAAGUAGUUUACUUGGCAUUAAAGAGAUGGCGAACAUGUAUGGUGACUUUGUUUGAAUUAAGAAGCGAAGUCCUAGAUUUUGACAAUAUCCAAGUCAAAGCAUUUGUCAAGAAAAUAAAUGAGUCCUCCUAUGUCUUUUUCCUCUUUGAAUAGAAACCAGUAUAAAAAAAGACUGUAGAUAGUAAUCUUCCAAUUAUUAAUGUGUUUACCACUUUUGUGCAUGAAUCAGUAAGUUUUAUCAAUUGUAUUUUAACUCUUAUCUUAUUAAUUUAAAAUGAACAAGAAAAUAAUCUAAAAGUAUCACUCAAAUAGAAUUAUUAUACACCUAUCAAAUUAAUUAGUUUAAGAUUCUAUUUAUUUGUUAAUAAUAUGAGAGACUAUAUAUUCUAUAUGUAAAAUUAGUUAUUCUUAAAAAUAUCAACAUUUAGAGUGAGUGAUCUAAUUGAAGAAAUUUUAAAUAUCUAUGAAGAUAAUUUAAAAAUUAGAGAUGUAAAUUUAAUUACUUCUGUUGAUUUGAGUGAUAACAAUUAAGUUUUAUUUUGCGAUGUUGAUAGAGUAUUUUUAUAUAUUUUAUUAGUUAAAAUAAAUUUUAGCUUGUUUGUUGACUUAUUGUUUAAAAUACACUACAGCAUCAACUUUAAAAUUAGAUAUCAAAAGUUAUACUGUCAGUGGAAUUAUGAUUUCUUUUAAAGAUAGUAUGAUAGCCAAAGAUGAAAAUUUAAGAAAAUCUAUAUCUAAUUUAAUAAAGACAUUAAAUUCAUCUCUAAAAACAUCUUCUUUUUAUUAAGUUGAUCUGAAUAACUUAUUAGAACUUUAAAUUUGUAUUAUUUUAUGUUGGUAAUUGAGUGGUUCUUUCAAAAGAGGAAUUGAAUUUUUAUAUGAUAGUUAAGGAUAUGGAACAUUUACAUUUGUUGUAGAAUCUUAAGGUAGUUAAUAAAGAAUGUAGAGUAGAUAAGAUACAGGUCCUAUUAAAAUUAUAGGCCAAAGAAAAUAUUAUGAAACAUCAUUAUCAUUAUUAUUGGCCUAAGAUAGUAGUGGAUAUAGAGAAGAAUCAAAGUAUAAAUUAUGUAUUAUUAGAUAUUACACAUUAAGUUAAUUAUCAAAAUAAUUUUCAAUGAAACCUGGUGAUGCAUUUGAUCUUCAAAGUGCUUACUUCUCUUAAAUUUCAAGAAUUAAAUAAGAUUCUUCAAAUUCAAAAUAGAUUUAAAACUCUGGGUCAGUACCAAAACAAUCUAAAGAAUAGAGUAAUAGUUAUUCAGGUACUUGGAAAUAAGGUUUUCCUGAUAGUGUUUAAUAAACAUAUAAAAAAACUAGAAAUGAAAGAAGUGAAUCAUAACAAGAUUCUGCUAGAACUCAUUCUGUCUAUGAUCUAGGAUUAGAAUAAAGUAUACCAUCUAUUCAUCCUCCUGAAUUCACUCCUAAAUUACUUCCCUCAGUCAUUAAAUAUAGAUUAAGAUUAACAUGUUGCUCCAAAGUUCUAAUUGUAGAUAAUGAUCAUUAUAGUGUACUAUCAUUGUAGAAAGUCUUAGAAAAAUAUAAUAUUAAAUGUGAUAAGGCUUUCAAUGGAAUUGAGGCUUAAUAAAUGAUUUACAAUAAACAGAUUAAACCUUGUAGAUGUGGAAAUAAAUCAUACCUAUUGUUCUUCAUAGAAUUUUAUUUGCCUGUAAAUAUUUAUAUAUAUAUAUAUUUUAGCUAUUUUCAGGAAUAGAACUUGUUAAGUACUUGAAGGAUUAGAUGAAAAUUGGAUUGAUUGAUAAAGGCUUUGCUAUUGUUAUUUCUACUUUUGUCGAUUUGAAUUUGAAACUAGAAUCCUUUAAGAAUGGAGCAGAUUAUUUUAUUGCUAAACCUUUUGAUUUAUUAGAUAUAGGAGCUGCAGUUUAAUAUUUAGAUUUUUGA